AUGGCUCAGUUGCUCUCUCCUGUUUGCACCGAGGCCAUCAAAGUCCAAUCUCAACCUCCCAUUCUUCUAAGCCCAUGGCGGUCCUUUGCUAAGCCUAGCAGUUCUUACGGUGCGAUUGGCCGUGGCGGUGGGAGACGGAACUGCGGCAGUUUGAAGGUCGCGGCAAGGGAUUCGGCAUCAACGGAGGCUGUUGCCGAUGAUUAUUAUGCCGUUUUGGGACUACUUCCAGAUGCCAGCCCGGAACAGAUUAAGAAGGCCUAUUAUAAUUGUAUGAAAGAGUGCCAUCCAGAUUUGAGUGGCGAUGAUCCAGACACCACGAACUUCUGUAUGUUCAUUAAUGAAGUCUAUGAGGUGCUUAGUGACCCAGUUCAGCGGAUGGUUUAUGAUGAAAUUCAUGGAUAUGCUUUGACAGCAAUUAACCCUUUUGUAGAUGAUUCAAGCACAAAGGACCUUGCUUUUGUUGAUGAAUUCAGCUGUAUAGGCUGCAAAAAUUGUGCCAAUGUGGCCCCUGAUGUCUUCGGAAUUGAAGAAGACUUUGGACGAGCUCGUGUGUACAGCCAGUGUGGGAGUCGAGAACGAGUUCAAGAAGCAAUUGAUAGUUGUCCAGUCGAUUGCAUCCAUUGGACUUCAGCUGCACAAUUAUCUCUGCUCGAAGAUGAAAUGCGCAGGGUCGAACGAGUGAAUGUUGCGUUUAUGCUUUCUGGAAUGGGAUCAUCUGCAGUGGAUGUUUUUAGAAUGGCAAGUUCUCGAUGGGAAAAGAGGCAAGCAAAAGUCCUGGAAAAAGCAAAAGUGAGGAUGAUGAAGAAGAAGAAGGGUUCCGAUAGCGAUGAUUCAUACUGGAGCAAUCUUUGGGGGAGGCCUAAAGAUCAAAGAAAUUCAGAAGAGGAAACAAAUGAACGAGCAAAGAGAGCUGCAGCUGCUGCUCGUCGAUGGAGAGAGUACUCUAGACGAGGUGUUGACAAGCCUCCAACUUUCAAACUUCCCGAGUCGAUCUCCAACAACGACAACUGACUAGGUAAAUAUAAAAUUAUAUGUAUAUCCAAUAGCUUUAUAGUCGUACAUAAUUAAUCAAAUCAUUUCAUUAAAAAAGAAAAAUCUCAUUUCCACCCUCAUUUAUAACUAUGAAACUUAAAAAAUGAAAAAAAGAAAAAUAAAAUCAUCACCCAUUGAGCAAUUUGAUAGCUUGCAAGGCUCAUAACCUUGAAUUCACGGGUUCAAGUUCUGUUACAUGUAAUUAUUGUAAAAACAUCCAUUGAUGAAUUGAUUCAUGGAACGAGUUGGGUUUUAUUUAUCAUC